CCUCCUUUAGCCCCACCUCCUCCUAUUCCCUGGCCUGGGCCAAGCACUCUAGUUGGUUCCAGAUGUCAGGUUCCAGAGGCCGGGUCCCAGAGCUGGAAACCACCUGUGGAGCUCUCCCUCCACAAGCUGCCUGCCUGGGCAAGAUGUGUUGGCUGUUGUUCCUUUGGGGAACCCUCCAUACUUGCCCUACUCAGGCCUCUGUGCUCUUGGCCCAGCAGCUACCACAGCAAGUGACGUCCCCUGGAUACCCAGAGCCAUAUCUCAAAGGCCAGGAGAGCCACACUGAUAUUGAGGCUCCAGAAGGGUUUGUCGUGAGACUGGUCUUCCAGGACUUUGAUAUAGAGCCGUCCCCAGGCUGUGAAGGGGACUCUGUCACAAUUUCAACCAGAGGAACAGAUGCCAUCUGGCUGUGCGGGCAGCAUGCUUCCUCUCUGGAGAGCACUCCUGGGCACAGGGAGUUUGUGUCCUCUGGGAGGAGUUUGCGGCUGACCUUCCGGGCACACUCUCCUUCCCAGAACAAGAUCACACACAGCCACAAAGGUUUCCUGGCUCUCUACCAAGCUGUAGCUGUGAACCAGCCCAAUGGAGACUCUGAGGCUGUCACUACACCUGGAGCUGACUGUCCCAGGAUUCAGAACCACUGUCAAGAUCCCUACUAUGAGGCCAAACAAACUGGGACAUUCAACUGCCCAUCUUUGGGGACUUGGAAGGACAGACAGGAUAAGGAACAGGUUCCUCAAUGUGUGCCAGUCUGUGGAAGACCAGUCAUCCCCAUUGCCCAGAACCCAAAGACUUCUGGUUCUUCCCCAGCUAAGCUGGGCAACUUCCCUUGGCAAGCCUUCACCAGUAUCUACGGUCGUGGGGGCGGAGCCCUGCUGGGUGACAGAUGGAUCCUGACGGCUGCCCAUACCAUCUACCCCAAAGACAGCGUCUAUCUCAGAAAGAACAAGAGUGUGGAAGUGUUUCUCGGUCACACAGACGUAGACGAGCUGCUGAAACUGGGGAACCACCCUGUCCGCAGGGUCGUGGUUCACCCAGACUACCGCCAGCACGAGUCCCACAAUUUCAACGGGGACAUCGCCCUCCUUGAGCUUCAACACAGUGUCCCUCUGGGCCCCAACCUCCUCCCAGUCUGCCUGCCCGACAAUGAGACACUCUACCACAGCGGCCUGUGGGGCUAUGUCAGCGGGUUUGGUGUGGAGAUGGGCUGGUUAACGACAAAGUUGAAAUACUCACAGCUGCCUGUAGCUCCCCGGGAGGCCUGUGAGGCCUGGCUCCACCAGAAGCAGAGGACUGAGGUGUUUUCUGACAACAUGUUCUGUGCUGGGGACGAGAAUCAGGUGAAUAGCGUCUGCCAGGGGGACAGUGGCAGCGUCUACGUGGUAUGGGACAAUCGUACUCUCCACUGGGUGGCCACAGGCAUUGUAUCCUGGGGCAUCGGGUGUGGCAAGGGAUACGGCUUCUACACCAAAGUACUCAGCUACGUGGACUGGAUCAAGAGGGUGAUGGACGGUAAAGACUGACCCCAGGGUCCUGAGCGGUGGACCAGCACUGUGGAGGUCCCAGCCAAGGACGAGCAGAAGUGAGGGUCGGUCCACUUGGGGUCAGGGAACCCUAUUUAAGUCACUGAUUCAUCAACCCACUGCCCAGGAGAAAGCCUCCUCCCCUGAACCUACACCAUCCCAAAUCAGAAGCCGCACCCGCUGCCUGCUUCUCGCCUUCAGCUUUCCAGGGUUUUGUACCAGGGAAGCCCUGGACAUCUAAGCAACCCUUGCUUAGAACAUCUUUUUUUCUUGUUCAAGGCAGGAUCUCACUCUGUAGCCCAGGCUGGCCUCAAACUCAUGGCAAUGAUCCUGUUUCAGCCACCCAAACACUGGGAUUAUAAACAUCUGCACAGUUAAACUUGGCAGUGUCACCGUGGGCAUCUUUUUGAAUCCCCGACCUCAUCUAUUGACAGUUUUGUUUUGUUUUGUUUUGUUUUUCUGCAUUUACUUGUGGAACGGCUAUCACCUCAUUCAGAUGGAGUGUGGAGGAAGGGGUUUUAACUGCAUUGUAUCUCUAAAACAUUCCAGAGACCCUUCUGUCGACCUUCAAAUGUGCGAAGCAGUUGGCUUCACCACCUAUCACAGCUCCUGCAUGCAAUUACAGUAAAGCUUCCUGCAUCUCCUGUGAGCCAAGACUAUUGCCUGUUAUCUCGACAGAUUCUGGCACCGUGCUGGCAAAGGGCGUGUGAGCCUCCAUCCGUGUCUCACAAUGAGGAAACAGAAGCUCGGAAAGAUACAGAUGGUAGUUUGUGGAAGUCCACGGCAGGUUCUUGAUUGAGGCUGCAUUCCUCCCCGCACGCUCUCAGGGAUACCUCUCAGCUGCCCUCAAGACCUACCUCAUCAUCGCCUCCUUCUCCAUUGCCAGACUCUGCCCCAGGGAAGGAGCCUUCUCUCACGUUCCUGCUGGCCCUCAUCACCAAGGGCACCGCCAGCCUGAGGAGACAGUGAAAAGAAAAAAAAUGAAACACAACAGAAUAGAGGAUGGAUACCAUGAAAGAGAAGGAACGAAGUGUUGAGAGUAAAGGUGUUCUGUGGUCCAGGGUUAAGUUUAUCUUUGAAAAACAGCAGGAUCCAAGCUGAGCAAGUAACGCACACCUAAAGUCCCAGGCACUCAGGAGGCUGAGGAAGAAGGAUCAGAGCAGCCUGAUCUCAUCUUAAAAGUUUAAAAAAAAAAAAAAAAAUAGCCAGUAGGUGGUG